UCAGUGGCUUACCAACGGUUCGUCCGGCAGGUUGGUAACGCGUCGAUCGAAUGGAAAUAUCCGCGCCGUACCGUAACCUUACCGUGCUCGUGAUUGUGCUGCUAGUGCUGCCCACCGUAUAUCGAGCGGAUCGUGCCGUGGUGGUGACGGCCACCGACGCAACCGUAGACCCAACCGACUGCGAUCUGCUCGGUUGCGGUGGCAGUUACGCGUGUUACGGCAAUGGGUGGCCAAACUAUUUGCCCCACCGACCGGGCGAACGGUACAACAUCCCGCUGAGUGCGUUCCACGUCGGGUCGAGUCUGCAGCAGGGCCAGCCCGAAUGUUUGCUCGGCAAUGCGAACAACUACCUGCCCUGGGUGACGGCGGAAGGACGGCUUACCGUGCGCCAGGGCCGGCAUGCACUCGACCUGUCCAACCUGCGCCUCAACGACCGCGGUCUCACGAGUUUGGUGCAGGGUGUCAGUGCACUGGUGCCACUUGAAGAAGUACAACAUCUAACGAUGGCGUACAACGAGCUUACCGUCAUCCCAUCGGCAACGCUGAAAACCUUCCCGAACGUACGUCUUCUCUCACUGACCGGCAACUUCUUUACCGAAUUUAUCGAGGAAUUGGCUUCGCAAAACAGGCUGCCGCUUCUGUCCCGACUACGGGUGCUCGACAUGCGAAACUGCAGCUUGCGAACGCUUCCGGUAGAUUUUUUCAAAAACGUUAACCUGCAAUACCUUUUCCUAUCGCACAACUACAUCACAACACUGCCGGCGGAGGUAUUCUACCCGAUGCGAAACUUGCUGCACCUAGACCUGUCCAACAUGGACACACGCCGGACCGGCGAGGAGCGGAUCGAGAAUCCGUUCAUGAAGCUGAUCGCUGGGGUGGAUCUGCAUCAAGACAUCUUUUUCCCACUCAUAAGCCUAGUGUUUCUCGACCUGUCCAACACCCGGCUCGAGUAUCAAGCGUUCAUUGCGCUGCGCUCGAUCCAGCGGCGGGUGAAGUACGUCAGCUACUGCAACAUCGGGCUGCCCGCGAUCGUCGACUAUCUGUUUCUGGCGAAAUCGAUCGAGAUGCUUGACAUCUCGUACAACGUUGGCGUAGCGCAAUCGCUCCAUUCCGCCAGCUUCACGCUGCUCGCCAACAGCCUGGAGGUGUUGUACUUCAAAGACUCGAUGGUGCAGCAGCUCAGCUGGUUGGCUCCGCUGCAGAAACUGCGCGUGCUGAACCUGCGCGGCAACAUACUCCGCAUGCUGCACCGGGAAAGCUUCGAAAAUCUGAGCAAUCUGGAGCAGCUGGAUCUGAGCUACAACUACAUAUCCGCCUGGAACCAGCAGAUCCUUACCGCUACGGAUGCGCUGCAGAGUGUAAACCUGCGCAACAACAGCAUCGUCAUCCUGACCACCGAUAUGCUGUACGAUUUCUCGCGCCUAAGCGCCAUGGGGUUGGGCGGAAAUACGAUCCAGUGCUCGUGCAACUACGUGAAGUUCCUGCGCAACAUUGUCCACAACCGGACGGAUGUGCCGGGUGCGUACACCAUUUCGGCGGAACCGCUAAUCGUGGGCAAGCACGGCCUCGCUCCGAACCCAGCGUCUACCAAGCUGUCGCUUCAGCACGUCCAGCUGUUCGAUUACGACGAGUCGGAGUAUUUGUGUAUGAACUUUACCAGCAACCAGAAGCUCGAUCCGCUGGAGCUCCAGGACUGCAUGAUAGCGGACGAUGAGCUGAUCAACGCGGAUCUACCGGACGUGCAGGAUAGGGAACAGGAGCAUGCGAAGAAUCAUACGCUGGUGUACAUACUCGUGAGCGUGGCGAUCAGUUUCCUGAUCGUGUGUGCCGUCGGGCUGUUCUAUUACUGGUUCCAUAUUAAGUACUUCUUCAAGAUCAUCAAAAACUCGGCCGUGCUGAGCUUCUUCAACGACGAUAAGCUUUAUCUGGACAAGAGCGGACUGCUGAAGGAGGCCGACUUUCAUUACGAUGUGUUCGUGAGCUACAGCAAUGCGGAUCGGACCUGGGUGUUGGAUCAGUUGCUGCCGAACAUGGAAGGUGUUAGUCAGAUAAAUUUAUGUUUGCACGAACGUGAUUUCGAGGUUGGAUACGGAAUUCUGGAGAACAUUAUUUCGUGCAUGGAUCGGUCACGCUGUCUGAUGCUGAUAGUGUCCGAAAGCUUCCUGCUUAGUCACUGGUGUCAGUUCGAAAUGCAUCUAGCCCAGCAUCGGUUGCUUGAAACUCGUAGAGAUGAACUUAUUUUAGUACUGCUGGAGGAUCUUCCUAAGCGCAAGUGCCCGAAAACGCUCAGCUAUCUGUUGAAAACGAAAACCUACAUCAAAUGGCCGACGAAGUCGGUGGACGAGCAGUUGCUGUUUUGGAAGCGAUUGCAUAAAGCAUUGUUGGCGGCAAAAAGAUAG